ACAAAAUGCCGAUGGUAUUCUGGUUUCGUAUUUUUGUCAUUAGCACUCUGUAUUUAGUUAUGGCUUUGAUUUUGUAUUUACGUGCUUAUUCUUAAUUGGAUGUUUUAAUAAAUUUUUCAUUUCGUUACUUUAUUGUUUCUUUAUAUUAAAUAAAUUUAAUGAGAACACAACUUUAUCAUUCGCAAUUUUGUGGGUCAUAUUGGUAAUCCAGAAAAAACUUAACUGCAGUAAUUGUAUCAAAAUGGAACAUGACACAUACAAUACCAAAGAAAAUCUGCCACCCCAGGCUUCACUGACUGGCGCUAAGAAGAUAGAGGGCUUAUUGAAGGAAGCAAACACUGCUGGCAUGGAUACUUGCGACAUGGAUGAUUUAGCAGAUGUGCCUAGUGUUUCGACUAACCCAAAAGCUAAAAAACUGCCGCUUGAACUAGAGGAAGCUAAGUUAGCAUACAAAGUAGUACAUGCAGUUGCAACCUUUUCUGUUGGGUGUUCUUUAAAUCUCCAAAUGGUUAGAAAUGCAAUCCCGAAUGCUAAAAUUGAUCUCACGGAUUAUAUGGGUGUUAUUGUAAAAAUGACAGAGCCGAAGUGUUCAACCAUGAUUUAUAGAACUGGAACAAUAGCGAUCACAGGUGCUCGCAAUGAAAUUCAUGCAUCGCAUGCUGCCCAUGUCCUCCUGUCGCAACUGCAAGCAAUUGGAUACAAUGUUGGUUUUCAUAACUAUAAGGUUUCGGAAAUAUCAGCUGCAUUGGAUUUAAAAUUUCCAAUAGCUUUGCAGGAGUUGUAUGUGAAGUAUGUACAUAUUUGCACCUAUAAGCCAGAUAUAUAUAAGCCGCUCAUUUUUAAUUUGCCUGAACCGGAUAUUACAAUCUUUAUUGCACCGGAUGGGAAUGUUAUUUUUACUCAGGCAAAGAAUCGUGAGGAUAUCGUAAAAGCAAUUGAUGUAAUGUAUCCAAUUCUAGUGACUUUUAAGAAAUAGACAUUUACAAUUAUUUUAUUCACAAUUUUUCAAAUUCCCAUAAAAUAUAUCCAUAAAAUAUUUUUAUGGAUUAA